AUGGCAUGUUUACACUGUCCCCUGGAAUAUUGUCCAGGCAUGCCUUGGCAUCACUUCAUGCUAACAUACAAGAAAUGCAACACUAAGAACUCUGGCUGUGUAAGGUGGGCUAGAAGAAAAGGAUUGGGAAAAGAAGAGAAGGGAAAUACAGAACCAUUGAAAGUUAAACUAAAGUUCGAUAACACUGGAAUUGGGCAUGAUGUUGGAGAAGAGUUCAAAUUCCACUGGUGGGACCAUGUGUUCAACAAAGCUGCUAAGAAUAUGUCAGUUGAUGAUAAGGCAAAAAGAGUUCAGUAUUCAGCCAACUAUACUAAUGUAAGUCUCCCUCUCCCUCAGCCCACCUGUGCUUAUAUUAAUCUCUAUCUGUUCUUAGUAUUGUUUCUAUUGCUUAGAAAUUCAGUGCAUAAUAGUGUGUAUGUUUGCCUCUUGCAGGGUGGGACUCUACAUAAAUCAGAAAUAUUGAAAGAUUCAGACAGUGAUUCAGAUGAAUCUGUAGAACGUGAUUUGUCCCACAAACUUACAGAUGAGGAGUUGUUUAAGCUCUGUGGAGGUCGUACAGCGCACAAAGGAGCACGUCAUGGCCUGAGCAUGUCAGCCAAAUUAGCAAGAGUGCAAGAGCAAGAGCAAAAGCUGAUGGAAAAGUGGAAAAACACAGAAGAAGAACCACACCAGACUGCUGACAGAGAAAUGUCAAACAGUCAGGAAGAGAAGAAGAAGAAAAAGAAGAAGAAAAAAUCAAAGAUGGAUACACAGAUGGAAGAAUCACUCGUCACAGAAGAGGUGGAAGUUCCAGAGGAAGAUGUAUCACUUGCUGCAGUUGGUGAAGGAGCAGAAGGGAAAAAGAAGAAAAAGAAAAAGAGCAAAGACAAAGACCCCUCAGAAAAAUGAUGGGAUGGAUGAGACCGUAAGUAGCAUACCAGAAGAGGAAGCCGAGGGAACUCACAAAACCAAAAAAGAAGAAAAAACAUGAUAAAGGUAGACAGAAUGAAGAAUGCCCUCCAGUUGCGGAAAUCAUCACAGACAUUCAGGUGAAAAAGAAGCACAAAAAAUCAAAGUAUGUCCAGAGAGAUCCUGAAGAGGAACCAAAUUUCUAUGAGAAAGAAAAUAUGCAAGCAGAAGUAAAUGCAAAAGUUCAAAGCAGUGAAGAUGAAAAAAAGACAAAGAAAAAGAAGAAAAAGAAACAUCAUAGAGAAUUAAGUGAAGACCAAGAAUUAAGUAAUAGAGAAGAAAGUAAUAAACCAAAAAAGAAGAAGAGAAAGAAAGAAAGAAAUGUAGAGUAACAAAAUAUAACAAGAAAUUAUUGGGCUUUUUUAAUAAAAUCAUUAGAAGUACUGAUUGUAUUUUGCAAAGCACAGAUUUCAUGAAUAACAUUAACCAUUUCUUUUCACAUUAAGGUAUCAUUCAUUUAUCACACAUAUACAAGCCUCAUCAUUAGAAUAAAAUUUAGAUCCACAUCCCA